AUGGCCCUCACACAACUCCCCCCCUCCAUCUUCCCCGACGGCCUCAAGACAUCGGGCCAGCACCCCCCUCUCUACGAGUACAUCCGGCCCUUCGAGCGCUUCCCCAAGGAAAUCACAGGCCCUACCGUCUGGAGCGCAGCCGAGUACCGCGACCAGCCCGACAAAUGGACGCGCCGCUUCACACCCGCGGAACUGGACGAGCUGAGUCGCACGGCGGACGAGUUCAUCCAGAGCAAGAUUCCCCUGACGGGGAUUUCCAGGAAAAACUUCCCCCUCCCGAACCUGAGCAAGGACCUGCAGGCCCUCCGCGACGAUCUGCUCAACGGCAAAGGCUUCAUCCUCUUCAAGGGCCUCCCCGUCCAGCAGUGGGGCAACCACAAGUCCGCCGUCGUGUACAUGGGCCUCGGCACGUACCUGGGCUACUUUGUCAGCCAGAACAGUCGCGGCCAUGUCCUGGGCCACGUCAAGGAUCUAGGCGAGGACCCCACCCAGAUCGACAAGGUGCGCAUCUACCGGACGAAUGCGAGACAAUUCUUCCACGCCGACGACUCGGAUAUCGUCGGGCUGCUGUGUAUCGCGCGCGCGCUCGAAGGCGGCGAGUCGGACCUCGUCUCUUCGCACCAUGUGUAUAACAUCCUCGCCAGGGAGCGGCCGGACGUGCUCAAGACGCUCACCGAGCCGAUCUGGUAUUUCGAUCGGAAGGGCGAAACCUCCAAGGGACAGGAUGAGUACAUCCGCACCAGUGUGAUGUAUCUCGAGCGCGGCGACAACCCGCGCGUGUACACCAAGUGGGAUCCGUACUAUGUUCGCUCGCUCGCCCGCUUCUCCGACGCGGGGAUCAUCCCCCCGCUGUCCGCGGCGCAGCUCGAAGCCCUCCAGGUGCUGGAGGACACUUGUCUCCGGAACGCGCUGCAUAUGGUUUUGGAGGUCGGCGACAUCCAGUUCCUGGCCAACUCGCAUGUGCUGCAUGCUCGUACGGCGUACAAGGAUCAUGCGCCCCCCGCGCCCAGGCGACAUCUGAUGCGGCUGUGGUUGGCGACGCCUGAGGAUGAGGGCGGCUGGAAGUUGCCGUUCUGGGAUAGCAAUGAGAAGAAGCGAGGGGGUAUUCAGGUUGACGAUCAGCCUCCGGUGGCGCCGUUGGAUGCGGAGUAA